UACAUAAUUUACAUGAGCACCCUGUUAAAAAAUCCUCUCGCUGGCAUCACUGGCAAGAAGAUCAACGUCUUUUUGCAAAAUGACAGUUACAAACGAAUUUGGUGCAAAACAAAUGUCUGCCUGUGCUGUGAUACGAGCGAACUAAACCACCAUCGUUAUUUCAGGAAACGUCUAUCACUACAACCCAGUCGACACAGUAAAACCCAUCCACCCGGCUUCAUAAUGAGUAAAAAAGCAUCGGUAAAGCGUACCAACAGUCAACUAUCGGUUGGACAAAAUGCGUCAAGCAUACAGAUAAGCCGUUGCGAGGAGCAGCUCGAUGUAGCUAUUUAUCGGUGCCUGCACGCAUUGACCAAGCGUCACCAAACAACGGAUGAGUUUAGGGCACAGUUUUGUCGUGGUGCAUUCCUGAAAUCGAACACCAAGGCCUUCAUUCAAGUGAUGCAUUUCCUGUUCAACAUCUACGAUGCGCGCGAGUUUCGCAAACGGUUCUACUGGCCAAUCUACGACAAGGGUGCGGAAAAUGCGUUUCGUACCUCGACGGUCGAGUACGUGAACCAUUUAAUCGAACGCGGUAAACUGGUCGGGAUGGAGAAGAUCAAGGCGCACGUUGUCGUCCUGCCGGGUGGCGCAAAGUUUAUGAAAUUUCUGCUCUCCUUGAUACGAUUCGUCCUGCAGGAGGAGUUGCGCAGAGCGAAAGGUUCCGGUGACACUGAGCCAAUCACGAAGACGCGCAUCGCUCAGAUGAUUGCUUCCCACAAAGUUUGGGUCGAUGUUGGGGAACGUAUUAGUUGCACUAUUCACGAGGACAUGAGCGUCCUAACGGAGAAGACACGCAAGAUAGAUGCGCUCAUCGAAACGAUCCUGCAGGGUAGCGAAUUGGCGAAACAGAUUCCCUACGAAAAGCUAAUGCAGAUGUGGACCGUGCUGAUAAACACUCAGUUCAGGGAGCAGCAAAAGGUUCGGCAACGUAUGCAAGCUAUCGCCAAGGAGUUUGACCGUAUUGUGGAAAAGACCGUUAGCAAACUGAAGGGAAACGAGCUAUCGUUAUCAUUUACGAAGGACCAGCUGAAGGAUUGUCUCGACAGUUAUAGCUGCCAAUCUGGCACGGACCUUCAUCAGCUUACGCAGGAAGUUUACGAUGACAACGGUAAGCUAAAUCCCAUCAAGCUGUUGCAACUUUUCGAAAAUAUUUUGCCAAACGUCGAGCAAUUUUUCGCUGGAUUUUGUGUGAAAACCCCGGAGCUUAUGAAAUUCGAGCUUAAGGAGCUGUCGAUGGUGGCGGUUAAAUGUGAUGAAAUGCGCCAGAAGGUGGAUUUGCUGCUGCGAAGCUUACCAAUGCUGGAUGAAUGUCUACUGCGGGAUCUUCCGGGUGCCGGCGAAAGCCCCGAACUUGGGAAAGGUAAUUUCGCUAUUAAGAAUAAACUCUUCUGCACGCCACCCAUCGUGAUGGAUUUUGAUGUACAUUCGGAUAACGUCCCCGCUAACGGUCCCAACAGUAGAAGCAGCCAACGGUUAGCGCUGCUAAACAGAGAGGAAGUUCAUCUGAUGAAUGCUCGUAUGAAACUACUCUCAUUCAGCGCGUAUCAGCCAAGAAGCCCGAAACCUACCCCAAAGCAUCUGAAGUCCGCGUCUGACAAUUUAAACCGAGAACAGCAACCGAGCUCGGUCGUGUUUGCAGUGCCACGGGUAGCACGAAAAGAAAAACUCAAUCCUUUAACAAUGCUAAACCGCAUUAAGGCGCAGAGUCAAAAACUACCGAGUCAAAACGGCACAUCCCGAUCUAACGAAUGCGUGACAACAAGAAUUAACAACACAAUGAACAUUUCCACGUUUAGUGAGAUGACGCUGCGGCCGGAAUUUUCAUCCACCCUGCUGGGUACACCGGAAAAGGUGGGCACGGGAACAGUGGCGCGUACACCGAACGAGGACGAGCUGGAAAAGAAACCAAAUUCGGCACAAAGUUUACAGGUUCCGAUACCUGCUCAUCAACCGCAGGUGAUACGGAUGAUCGAUUUGUCGAAUGAUCGACACUCUAGCCCUCGGUUGAUGGCAAUCUAUGCCGAAUCCAACACUCCCAAAUCUUCACUCCCACCUAAAACGUUGCUCCGGGCACCCGUGGCUAAAAGGGCGUCCACCACACGAAGCUCGCUGAUCGAGAACGAAGCAACGGUUCACACUUCACCCUCGGGAAGGUUGGACUCGUUGAUGAGGCAUGAUGAAUUGCCAACUCGGUACCAGUUGCCUGCGGCUGUCGAAACAGAGCAGGAAGCCAUCACAAUCCACCAGGAUGCAGCAGACCUUUCUGACGAAAAAACCAUCAGUCCUGAGAACGGCGGCCUGCUGGAGGACCUAUCACGCACACUGAUUGCGACCAGUGUUGGCAGUCAAAUCGAUGUUGCUGAAACCGAACGGAUUACGGACGACGAUGACUUGUUUAAUGUUAGCGACGGAAUAGUAACUGAUUUUGAAUGAUUGAAAGCUAAGCGAUGUUAUUUGUAUUUUUGUCAAACCUCGGAUCGGUUAUCGUGCGUGCAUUAUAAAUGCUUGAACAUACGUUAUUAGUGAGAGCGCUUAGGAGUUGAAAUUACAACAAAUUCUGGAUAAGCAUAAACAUAUAAAAGUCAACCCUAAUAUACCUUCCCACAUUAAAACAUAUAAACAAAAACGGUAACAUAUUUUAUAUCAAA